UUCUCGUUCAACGAUCGACGGCUUCUUCCUACGUACCUGCAGCUGCAGUGACAGAGUGCCGUCAGGCUACACAAUAGCAAUACAGGCCUGCACUGUAUGUAGUAGUAGCAGGCCUGUCUGGCGCUCGCACACACAAAAUGGCUUUACUGUCAUGAGUUUGCGAGGACGGCAUCUUGUGCCAUAUAUGCCCGGCAGUUAUGAUGAAGGUAGUCACUAUCAAGGAAAUGAUGGCAGACUUCUUCAGAGAGAACGUACAUCUCAGGUGUUGGUUGAUAAAGCAAGACGAUUGAAUGACGAUUUCCUGGUGACUCUUUCAAACCCCGGCAAUAUUCUCCAAGCGGCAGAAGCAAAGGCAUUACUUAAGGAGCAUAUACAGACAAUUACCACAACUGUCGCAACACUCAGCAAAGAUAUUGAAGUUCUUGAAUCCCAGAUGAUGAUCAGAGAGCAAAGUCACAAACAAUCAAACCACUCUGUUAAAAAUCUUGAACUCCAUCAUGUUGGUAGUAUUACAGACUUGCGGUCUCGAGUCGGUAGGUGCGAUGCUUCAAUUGCAAAGUUGUCAACUCAAAUGAGAGGUAUCUUUGAAUCAGUUUCAAACUUAAGCAAACAACUGCAAGAUCUCAGUAAAAACCUUAGUGAAACAAUUAUGGAUACCUCAACUAAGGUAUGUUUUUCCCUAUUCCUGUGUAUUAAGUUUAAUAUAAGUUAAUCAUUAUGAGUGUUCUCCCAAAACUGAAUUUGCCAGCAUAAAGCUGCAUUCACACCAAAAGCAUACUGAAACUGAUCAGAAAAUCGAAUCAGUGUGUAAGAAUAGGGACGCUGGCAUUCAGUGAAUCAAAAACGUGGUCUAAUGUUUGGUAACAGAUCCGAUGUGAAUGCAGCUUUACUUGCUGGAGUAAAACACUCCUGAAUGAAAUUUAAAUCUCCAAAACAAACAUUUUACAAUUUUAAAGCAAAUGUACACAAAUUUCAAUUUUGAUUUUUGCUAAAAUUUAUAUAAACAUUCUACUCCCAGAAAAUAGCUCCCAGAUGAUGUCAUCAUUUGACCUCAUACAGUUUAUCCCAACCCAUCUACUAAUA